ACAGAAGUAGAUCCAUGCAACCCAACUCCAUGUCAGAACGGAGGGACUUGUAUUUUGACUUCUAACGGAACGGACUACUCGUGUACCUGUGCACCGAGUUUUACUGGAAAGAACUGUACAACUGACAUCGAUGAAUGUUCCGACCCGAAAUUAUGCAAAAACGGUGGUUUGUGCCAGAAUAAAGAAGGGGGAUACACGUGCAAUUGCACCUCCUCCUUCUCAGGAAAGAAUUGCGAAUUUGCUUGUAGCUACCAGAAAGUGAACCUCGCAUUUGUCGUCGAUGGAUCAGCUAGUGUUGAAUUACAGGGAGCUGGUAACUUCGGCAAGCUGAAAGAGUUUGUCAAGAGACUCGUUGGCUCAUUCAAGAUAAGCACCGACGAUGCACACAUUGCGCUAGUGAUGUACUCAACAACCGCCAAGGCAGAGUUUACUUUAAACAAGUUCUCCAGCGUUUCAGAUGUGCUUGCGGCGAUAGAUGCGUUGACAUACCCAUCAGGGUCUUCUUAUACUGGCAAAGCGCUUGAGAUGACCAAGACUGAGAUCUUUGACAAAGCCCCAAGGAAAGAUGCACUGAAUACUGUGAUUGUGAUAACUGAUGGUGAAUCGCAAGACUCAGUGUCAAGUACAGCUAAAGUUUUACGCGAUUCUGGUGUAACGGUUAUAAGUGUCGGUGUGGGCUGCUGUUCGCCUAAGAAAACACUUGAAGAAAUGGCGUCUAGUCCAGAAUAUGUGUUUACAAGUGCGUUUGAUGAUCUAGCUUUGAUUGAAGAGAACAUCAGGGAGAAGAUAUGUUUGGUUGUUGACAAGUGUGCUACCAAUCCUUGCAAGAACAGUGGGACUUGUACUAGCGUCUACUCAGACUUCAAUUGUACUUGUUCGAGUGGCUUUCAAGGGAAAGACUGCUCUCUUGAUGUAGAUGAAUGUAAAUCUUCACCAUGCAACAAAAACCAGAACUGCAUCAACUCGUUCGGAUCAUUCACCUGUGUCUGUAAAGACGGCUUCAAAGGAGACAACUGCGAAACAGAUAUCGACGAGUGUCUAAACUUGCCUUGCAAACACGGAGGCACAUGCAACAACAAAGGCGGGUCCUACUCCUGUGAAUGCUCAACUGGUUAUGUCGGCAAAAAUUGUAAACAAAAUUUCACCGAUCCUACACUGGACGUUUUGUUUCUGUUGGAUGGCGCAAGUGAGGUCGGAGCUGACACUUUCUUAAAAUUCAUUAACUUCACCAAAAAGUUUAUCGAGCCAUUCACGAUUUCGGAAAACAAAACAAACGUUGCAGCGGGUGUGUUUGCCGAUGUUGGCAAGAUAGAGUUCCUGUUCACAGAGAAUUACGAUAAACCAUCGGUGUUGGCUGCUCUAGAUGGCAUUGCUUAUCCCAACAAGAAUGCUAGAAAUCUGUCUGACGCAAUGAUAAAGGCUAAGGAUGAGGCAUUCACGAAAGAUCGUGAUUCUGCACCGGAUAUUGUGGUCAUUCUGACGGACAAAAUAACAGAAAACGUGACGUUCCCCGCCAAAGCGCUGAAGGAUGAUGGAGUCAGAGUGUUUGUUAUAGCUAUAGGCGAAGACAAGAACGAUCCAUUACUGAGAGACAUACCAUCUGACCCGAAGGAAGAUCACCUGUUUACUCCUUUAAUUGAAGACCUUGAGCCGAUGCUGCCAGAGAUCCUUGGUGAAGUUCUUGCAGAUAUUGAACCUUGUACGAAAAAUCCUUGUCAAAAUGGAGGAACGUGCAUCCCCUCCGGACCUAGUGUCUACACUUGUACUUGUACCCCUGGUGUAACCGGCGCUAAUUGUGAAACCGAUGUCGACGAAUGCAGUAAUUCCAGUCUGUGUGGAGCCGAUAGAAUGUGUGUCAACACUUAUGGGAGCUUCCUUUGUCUUUGUACAGAAGAUAAAUACGGGCCACACUGCAAUUACACCUGCGAGUCUGGCAUUGAUUUGGUAUUUGCUGUUGACGGAUCUACUUUUGUUGGAUCGAGCAAUUUCCGCAAAUCGUUGGAAUACGCAAGAGCUGUGACUAGUUCCCUGAAUAUUUCUGAAUCUGCAACUCACGUUGGUGUCACAGUCUAUGGGAAGGUUGGACAAGCGGCGGUCUCCCUCAAGCAGUAUUAUGACAAAAGUAGUCUAACAAAAGCCAUCUCCAACGUAUCCUAUCCUAACGGGUUUGCAAGACAUCUUGGAGAGGGCUUGAAUCGUUCGAAAACGCACCAGUUUGACGUGUCAGGCCGUUCUACUAAGCAAGUCCUGAUAGUGUUGAUUGGUGGGAAGUCAGAUGACGAUCCGACAGUUGCUGCCUACGAGCUCUUGAAUUCUGGCACUGAAGUGUUUGUUCUAGGAUUGGGAAGCACCAACUCCUUAUCACAAUUAAAUCAAGUUGCAUCUGACCCGGACAGUAAGCACGUUAUUCUUAAGGAAUACGAGGGUCUUGCCGCCUAUGUAAGACAAACAAAGAUGGAAGUUUGCCAGGUUGCGAAUCAGUGUUCCAGUAAUCCAUGUCAGAACAAUGCGGAGUGCAAACACGCUGGAUCAACAUUCACCUGCUCUUGCACGGCUGGAUUUACAGGAGAUCUAUGUGACAAGGAGGUAGAUCCAUGCAACCCAACUCCAUGUCAGAACGGAGGGACUUGUAGUUUGACUUCUAACGGAACGGACUACUCGUGUACCUGUGCACCGAGUUUUACUGGAAAGAACUGUACAACUGACAUCGAUGAAUGUUCCGACCCGAAAUUAUGCAAAAACGGUGGUUUGUGCCAGAAUAAAGAAGGGGGAUACACGUGCAAUUGCACCUCCUCCUUCUCAGGAAAGAAUUGCGAAUUUGCUUGUAGCUACCAGAAAGUGAACCUCGCAUUUGUCGUCGAUGGAUCAGCUAGUGUUGAAUUACAGGGAGCUGGUAACUUCGGCAAGCUGAAAGAGUUUGUCAAGAGACUCGUUGGCUCAUUCAAGAUAAGCACCGACGAUGCACACAUUGCGCUAGUGAUGUACUCAACAACCGCCAAGGCAGAGUUUACUUUAAACAAGUUCUCCAGCGUUUCAGAUGUGCUUGCGGCGAUAGAUGCGUUGACAUACCCAUCAGGGUCUUCUUAUACUGGCAAAGCGCUUGAGAUGACCAAGACUGAGAUCUUUGACAAAGCCCCAAGGAAAGAUGCACUGAAUACUGUGAUUGUGAUAACUGAUGGUGAAUCGCAAGACUCAGUGUCAAGUACAGCUAAAGUUUUACGCGAUUCUGGUGUAACGGUUAUAAGUGUCGGUGUGGGCUGCUGUUCGCCUAAGAAAACACUUGAAGAAAUGGCGUCUAGUCCAGAAUAUGUGUUUACAAGUGCGUUUGAUGAUCUAGCUUUGAUUGAAGAGAACAUCAGGGAGAAGAUAUGUUUGGUUGUUGACAAGUGUGCUACCAAUCCUUGCAAGAACAGUGGGACUUGUACUAGCGUCUACUCAGACUUCAAUUGUACUUGUUCGAGUGGCUUUCAAGGGAAAGACUGCUCUCUUGAUGUAGAUGAAUGUAAAUCUUCACCAUGCAACAAAAACCAGAACUGCAUCAACUCGUUCGGAUCAUUCACCUGUGUCUGUAAAGACGGCUUCAAAGGAGACAACUGCGAAACAGAUAUCGACGAGUGUCUAAACUUGCCUUGCAAACACGGAGGCACAUGCAACAACAAAGGCGGGUCCUACUCCUGUGAAUGCUCAACUGGUUAUGUCGGCAAAAAUUGUAAACAAAAUUUCACCGAUCCUACACUGGACGUUUUGUUUCUGUUGGAUGGCGCAAGUGAGGUCGGAGCUGACACUUUCUUAAAAUUCAUUAACUUCACCAAAAAGUUUAUCGAGCCAUUCACGAUUUCGGAAAACAAAACAAACGUUGCAGCGGGUGUGUUUGCCGAUGUUGGCAAGAUAGAGUUCCUGUUCACAGAGAAUUACGAUAAACCAUCGGUGUUGGCUGCUCUAGAUGGCAUUGCUUAUCCCAACAAGAAUGCUAGAAAUCUGUCUGACGCAAUGAUAAAGGCUAAGGAUGAGGCAUUCACGAAAGAUCGUGAUUCUGCACCGGAUAUUGUGGUCAUUCUGACGGACAAAAUAACAGAAAACGUGACGUUCCCCGCCAAAGCGCUGAAGGAUGAUGGAGUCAGAGUGUUUGUUAUAGCUAUAGGCGAAGACAAGAACGAUCCAUUACUGAGAGACAUACCAUCUGACCCGAAGGAAGAUCACCUGUUUACUCCUUUAAUUGAAGACCUUGAGCCGAUGCUGCCAGAGAUCCUUGGUGAAGUUCUUGCAGAUAUUGAACCUUGUACGAAAAAUCCUUGUCAAAAUGGAGGAACGUGCAUCCCCUCCGGACCUAGUGUCUACACUUGUACUUGUACCCCUGGUGUAACCGGCGCUAAUUGUGAAACCGAUGUCGACGAAUGCAGUAAUUCCAGUCUGUGUGGAGCCGAUAGAAUGUGUGUCAACACUUAUGGGAGCUUCCUUUGUCUUUGUACAGAAGAUAAAUACGGGCCACACUGCAAUUACACCUGCGAGUCUGGCAUUGAUUUGGUAUUUGCUGUUGACGGAUCUACUUUUGUUGGAUCGAGCAAUUUCCGCAAAUCGUUGGAAUACGCAAGAGCUGUGACUAGUUCCCUGAAUAUUUCUGAAUCUGCAACUCACGUUGGUGUCACAGUCUAUGGGAAGGUUGGACAAGCGGCGGUCUCCCUCAAGCAGUAUUAUGACAAAAGUAGUCUGACAAAAGCCAUCUCCAACGUAUCCUAUCCUAACGGGUUUGCAAGACAUCUUGGAGAGGGCUUGAAUCGUUCGAAAACGCACCAGUUUGACGUGUCAGGCCGUUCUACUAAGCAAGUCCUGAUAGUGUUGAUUGGUGGGAAGUCAGAUGACGAUCCAACAGUUGCUGCCUACGAGCUCUUGAAUUCUGGCACUGAAGUGUUUGUUCUAGGAUUGGGAAGCACCAACUCCUUGUCACAAUUAAAUCAAGUUGCAUCUGACCCGGACAGUAAGCACGUUAUUCUUAAGGAAUACGAGGGUCUUGCCGCCUAUGUAAGACAAACAAAGAUGGAAGUUUGCCAGGUUGCGGAUCAGUGUUCCAGUAAUCCAUGUCAGAACAAUGCGGAGUGCAAAAACGCUGGAUCAACAUUCAACUGCUCUUGCACGGCUGGAUUUACAGGAGAUCUAUGUGACAAGGAGGUAGAUCCAUGCAACCCAACUCCAUGUCAGAACGGAGGGACUUGUAGUUUGACUUCUAACGGAACGGACUACUCGUGUACCUGUGCACCGAGUUUUACUGGAAAGAACUGUACAACUGACAUCGAUGAAUGUUCCGACCCGAAAUUAUGCAAAAACGGUGGUUUGUGCCAGAAUAAAGAAGGGGGAUACACGUGCAAUUGCACCUCCUCCUUCUCAGGAAAGAAUUGCGAAUUUGCUUGUAGCUACCAGAAAGUGAACCUCGCAUUUGUCGUCGAUGGAUCAGCUAGUGUUGAAUUACAGGGAGCUGGUAACUUCGGCAAGCUGAAAGAGUUUGUCAAGAGACUCGUUGGCUCAUUCAAGAUAAGCACCGACGAUGCACACAUUGCGCUAGUGAUGUACUCAACAACCGCCAAGGCAGAGUUUACUUUAAACAAGUUCUCCAGCGUUUCAGAUGUGCUUGCGGCGAUAGAUGCGUUGACAUACCCAUCAGGGUCUUCUUAUACUGGCAAAGCGCUUGAGAUGACCAAGACUGAGAUCUUUGACAAAGCCCUAAGGAAAGAUGCACUGAAGACUGUGAUUGUGAUAACUGAUGGUGAAUCGCAAGACUCAGUGUCAAGUACAGCUAAAGUUUUACGCGAUUCUGGUGUAACGGUUAUAAGUGUCGGUGUGGGCUGCUGUUCGCCUAAGAAAACACUUGAAGAAAUGGCGUCUAGUCCAGAAUAUGUGUUUACAAGUGCGUUUGAUGAUCUAGCUUUGAUUGAAGAGAACAUCAGGGAGAAGAUAUGUUUGGUUGUUGACAAGUGUGCUACCAAUCCUUGCAAGAACAGUGGGACUUGUACUAGCGUCUACUCAGACUUCAAUUGUACUUGUUCGAGUGGCUUUCAAGGGAAAGACUGCUCUCUUGAUGUAGAUGAAUGUAAAUCGUCACCAUGCAACAAAAACCAGAACUGCAUCAACUCGUUCGGAUCAUUCACCUGUGUCUGUAAAGACGGCUUCAAAGGAGACAACUGCGAAACAGAUAUCGACGAGUGUCUAAACUUGCCUUGCAAACACGGAAGCACAUGCAACAACAAAGGCGGGUCCUACUCCUGUGAAUGCUCAACUGGUUAUGUCGGCAAAAAUUGUAAACAAAAUUUCACCGAUCCUACACUGGACGUUUUGUUUCUGUUGGAUGGCGCAAGUGAGGUCGGAGCUGACACUUUCUUAAAAUUCAUUAACUUCACCAAAAAGUUUAUCGAGCCAUUCACGAUUUCGGAAAACAAAACAAACGUUGCAGCGGGUGUGUUUGCCGAUGUUGGCAAGAUAGAGUUCCUGUUCACAGAGAAUUACGAUAAACCAUCGGUGUUGGCUGCUCUAGAUGGCAUUGCUUAUCCCAACAAGAAUGCGAGAAAUCUGUCUGACGCAAUGAUAAAGGCUAAGGAUGAGGCAUUCACGAAAGAUCGUGAUUCUGCACCGGAUAUUGUGGUCAUUCUGACGGACAAGAUAACAGAAAACGUGACGUUCCCCGCCAAAGCGCUGAAGGAUGAUGGAGUCAGAGUGUUUGUUAUAGCUAUAGGCGAAGACAAGAACGAUCCAUUACUGAGAGACAUACCAUCUGACCCGAAGGAAGAUCACCUGUUUACUCCUUUAAUUGAAGACCUUGAGCCGAUGCUGCCAGAGAUCCUUGGUGAAGUUCUUGCAGAUAUUGAACCUUGUACGAAAAAUCCUUGUCAAAAUGGAGGAACGUGCAUCCCCUCCGGACCUAGUGUCUACACUUGUACUUGUACCCCUGGUGUAACCGGCGCUAAUUGUGAAACCGAUGUCGACGAAUGCAGUAAUUCCAGUCUGUGUGGAGCCGAUAGAAUGUGUGUCAACACUUAUGGGAGCUUCCUUUGUCUUUGUACAGAAGAUAAAUACGGGCCACACUGCAAUUACACCUGCAAGUCUGGCAUUGAUUUGGUAUUUGCUGUUGACGGAUCUACUUUUGUUGGAUCGAGCAAUUUCCGCAAAUCGUUGGAAUACGCAAGAGCUGUGACUAGUUCCCUUAAUAUUUCUGAAUCUGCAACUCACGUUGGUGUCACAGUCUAUGGGAAGGUUGGACAAGCGGCGGUCUCCCUCAAGCAGUACUAUGACAAAAUUAGUCUGACAAAAGCCAUCUCCAACGUAUCCUAUCCUAACGGGUUUGCAAGACAUCUUGGAGAGGGCUUGAAUCGUUCGAAAACGCACCAGUUUGACGUGUCAGGCCGUUCUACUAAGCAAGUCCUGAUAGUGUUGAUUGGUGGGAAGUCAGAUGACGAUCCAACAGUUGCUGCCUACGAGCUCUUGAAUUCUGGCACUGAAGUGUUUGUUCUAGGAUUGGGAAGCACCAACUCCUUAUCACAAUUAAAUCAAGUUGCAUCUGACCCGGACAGUAAGCACGUUAUUCUUAAGGAAUACGAGGGUCUUGCCGCCUAUGUAAGACAAACAAAGAUGGAAGUUUGCCAGGUUGCGGAUCAGUGUUCCAGUAAUCCAUGUCAGAACAAUGCGGAGUGCAAAAACGCUGGAUCAACAUUCAACUGCUCUUGCACGGCUGGAUUUACAGGAGAUCUAUGUGACAAGGAAAUAGAUCCAUGCAACCCAACUCCAUGUCAGAACGGAGGGACUUGUAGUUUGACUUCUAACGGAACGGACUACUCGUGUACCUGUGCACCGAGUUUUACUGGAAAGAACUGUACAACUGACAUCGAUGAAUGUUCCGACCCGGAAUUAUGCAAAAACGGUGGUUUGUGCCAGAAUAAAGAAGGGGGAUACACGUGCAAUUGCACCUCCUCCUUCUCAGGAAAGAAUUGCGAAUUUGCUUGUAGCUACCAGAAAGUGAACCUCGCAUUUGUCGUCGAUGGAUCAGCUAGUGUUGAAUUACAGGGAGCUGGUAACUUCGGCAAGCUGAAAGAGUUUGUCAAGAGACUCGUUGGCUCAUUCAAGAUAAGCACCGACGAUGCACACAUUGCGCUAGUGAUGUACUCAACAACCGCCAAGACAGAGUUUACUUUGAACAAGUUCUCCAGCGUUUCAGAUGUGCUUGCGGCGAUAGAUGCGUUGACAUACCCAUCAGGGUCUUCUUAUACUGGCAAAGCGCUUGAGAUCACCAAGACUGAGAUCUUUGACAAAGCCCCAAGGAAAGAUGCACUGAAUACUGUGAUUGUGAUAACUGAUGGUGAAUCGCAAGACUCAGUGUCAAGUACAGCUAAAGUUUUACGCGAUUCUGGUGUAACGGUUAUAAGUGUCGGUGUGGGCUGCUGUUCGCCUAAGAAAACACUUGAAGAAAUGGCGUCUAGUCCAGAAUAUGUGUUUACAAGUGCGUUUGAUGAUCUAGCUUUGAUUGAAGAGAACAUCAGGGAGAAGAUAUGUUUGGUUGUUGACAAGUGUGCUACCAAUCCUUGCAAGAACAGUGGGACUUGUACUAGCGUCUACUCAGACUUCAAUUGUACUUGUUCGAGUGGCUUUCAAGGGAAAGACUGCUCUCUUGAUGUAGAUAAAUGUAAAUCUUCACCAUGCAACAAAAACCAGAACUGCAUCAACUCGUUCGGAUCAUUCACCUGUGUCUGUAAAGACGGCUUCAAAGGAGACAACUGCGAAACAGGUAUCGACGAGUGUCUAAACUUGCCUUGCAAACACGGAGGCACAUGCAACAACAAAGGCGGGUCCUACUCCUGUGAAUGCUCAACUGGUUAUGUCGGCAAAAACUGUAAACAAAAUUUCACCGAUCCUACACUGGACGUUUUGUUUCUGUUGGAUGGCGCAAGUGAGGUCGGAGCUGAUACUUUCUUAAAAUUCAUUAACUUCACCAAAAAGUUUAUCGAGCCAUUCACGAUUUCGGAAAACAAAACAAACGUUGCAGCGGGUGUGUUUGCCGAUGUUGGCAAUAUAGAGUUCCUGUUCACAGAGAAUUACGAUAAACCAUCGGUGUUGGCUGCUCUAGAUGGCAUUGCUUAUCCCAACAAGAAUGCUAGAAAUCUGUCUGAUGCACUGAUAAAGGCUAAGGAUGAGGCAUUCACGAAAGAUCGUGAUUCUGCACCGGAUAUUGUGGUCAUUCUGACGGACAAAAUAACAGAAAACGUGACGUUCCACGCCAAAGCGCUAAAGGAUGAUGGAGUCAGAGUGUUUGUUAUAGCUAUAGGCGAAGACAAGAACGAUCCAUUACUAAGAGACGUACCAUCUGACUCGAAGGAAGAUCACCUGUUUACUCCUUUAAUUGAAGACCUUGAGCCGAUGCUGCCAGAGAUCCUUGGUGAAGUUCUUGCAGAUAUUGAACCUUGUACGAAAAAUCCUUGUCAAAAUGGAGGAACGUGCAUCCCCUCCGGACCUAGUGUCUACACUUGUACUUGUACCCCUGGUGUAACCGGCGCUAAUUGUGAAACCGAUGUCGACGAAUGCAGUAAUUCCAGUCUGUGUGGAGCCGAUAGAAUGUGUGUCAACACUUAUGGGAGCUUCCUUUGUCUUUGUACAGAAGAUAAAUACGGGCCACACUGCAAUUACACCUGCAAGUCUGGUAUUGAUUUGGUAUUUGCUGUUGACGGAUCUACUUUUGUUGGAUCAAGCAAUUUUCGCAAAUCGUUGGAAUACGCAAGAGCUGUGACUAGUUCCCUUAAUAUUUCUGAAUCUGCAACUCACGUUGGUGUCACAGUCUAUGGGAAGGUUGGACAAGCGGCGGUCUCCCUCAAGCAGUACUAUGACAAAAUUAGUCUGACAAAAGCCAUCUCCAACGUAUCCUAUCCUAACGGGUUUGCAAGACAUCUUGGAGAGGGCUUGAAUCGUUCGAAAACGCACCAGUUUGACGUGUCAGGCCGUUCUACUAAGCAAGUCCUGAUAGUGUUGAUUGGUGGGAAGUCAGAUGACGAUCCAACAGUUGCUGCCUACGAGCUCUUGAAUUCUGGCACUGAAGUGUUUGUUCUAGGAUUGGGAAGCACCAACUCCUUAUCACAAUUAAAUCAAGUUGCAUCUGACCCGGACAGUAAGCACGUUAUUCUUAAGGAAUACGAGGGUCUUGCCGCCUAUGUAAGACAAACAAAGAUGGAAGUUUGCAAGGUUGCGGAUCAGUGUUCCAGUAAUCCAUGUCAGAACAAUGCGGAGUGCAAAACCGCUGGAUCAACAUUCACCUGCUCUUGCACGGCUGGAUUUACAGGAGAUCUAUGUGACAAGGAAGUAGAUCCAUGCAGCCCAACCCCAUGUCAGAACGGAGGGACUUGUAGUUUGACUUCUAACGGAACGGACUACUCGUGUACCUGUGCACCGAGUUUUACUGGAAAGAACUGUACAACUGACAUCGAUGAAUGUUCCGACCCGGAAUUAUGCAAAAACGGUGGUUUGUGCCAGAAUAAAGAAGGGGGAUACACGUGCAAUUGCACCUCCUCCUUCUCAGGAAAGAAUUGCGAACUUGGUAAGACUGUUAUUCAAUCUACUUAA